AAAAAAAAAAAAAAAAGAAAAAGGUAAAAAUCUCUCAACGAAGAUCUCUCAAUUGGAUGAUUUAACGUUAAAUGACCCUUCCAUAUUUUUCCCUACCUAAAAGUAUUUGUUUUUAUUAACAUAUUACAUGGUCUAGCUCCCUGUUGCAUAAACAUUUAUUAUUCACGUCCACUGUUGACAACAGCAUCGUUCCUUCUUAUGAAUAGCACGUUACAACGAUACUAAUUUUAUCUAAUGACUUUUAGUGUAAUUCGGAAAGAUCGCGGAUAAUAAACUACAGAAUCUACAGAAUUCUACCUUAAAUAGUUCAAAUAAUCCCGCUUUUUUUUUUCUUUUCUUUUCGAUUGAUUCAUUUCGACUAUAGUACAAUGUUACAAGCAUGAUUCAUGGUUGGUUGAUUGGUGACGUGUAUCGCUAUGGAUCCAUAGAUCCGUCCGAUGGCGAGAUCUAACAGUAUAGGUAAUGGUAUCUUAUGUAUACGCGAUGUAUAAUCAAUCGAUGAACAAGUAGUUCGGGCACAAACGUUUCUUUUCGUUGAUUCAGAAACGUUGGUUAAUGGAAUCCCGCGUUGUGUAGUCCCAAACACGGUACCCAAAGCUUUUAUUCGUGCUUACACGGCUUUCAGACUUUCUUAAACGUUAAUAAUGCUUACUUUUUUUUUUUUGUAUUUUGUACCCGCCGUUAAAUCAACGUGGCUUUGUCUGAAAUCAUAUUCACGCGUUCACGUAUAUAAGAAAGAUCAUAUAGAAGAACAAUAUCGAUUCAUCAUCGGGUACUCAAGGAAGUUAAUCAAGUGCACCGAGUUUCAAAAGAAUAUUCUCGUUAUCAGAAACCUCUCAUAAUUUGCACAGGCAGCAGGUGGUACUACCGGCUUAUUUGGUGGCACUGGAGGAGGAACACCGCGAGAUACUGGUGGCUUUUUCGAGGACAGCAUACCAGAUGCUUGAAUCGCCGAACCAGAUCCAACAUGAAAACCAACCUUUCCUGCGGCUUGCGUUGAUGGAUAGUACAUUACACAACUUGGAAAAAAUAACAAGUGAAACAGACAACCAAACCAUGUAAAGUUAGCAAUAGCAAAUACAGGGUUGCAAUUAGGAGGGCAAGCAGGGAAAAUUUGUAAAUAAGGCUCAAAAGUGAGUUGCAUACAAGUUUUAAUUAAGGAAAUAAUCAAUGUACAUACUAAAGUAAUCUUAUGUACAAAAUAAGAAUAGCACAAGUUAGACUUAAAAUUUGAUAGUGUAUUAACUUAUAUAAAAUAAUACAAUGUGACAUAAUCAAUGUGAAUUAAAGUCUACAAAUAUGUAUGUGUAUAUGUGUGUAUAAUUAGAAAUAAAAAGAUAAACAUUUUGUCACCUAUAUAAUAAAAGAAUAUUUAAUCAUAACCAUAAUCGUGUAAUUAUAACGGGACAUAUUAAAGAAAAUUUAAUAAUAACAUAUUAAUGAAAUUUCGAUGUGAUAAUUAAAAAAUCAUUAUUAAAUCGGAAAAACAUGCAACGCAUCUGCAAGAUGUGUGCAUGCAACGUUAAUAUACGUAAGUACACUUAUGACUUAUUGUGUGUAUAUGUUUAUUUUCUACUCUUUAAUCAUAUUUCAUGUAUUUCACAUUUUACAUCUGUUCUUUGUAUAAAAAUAUAGGAAAUAUCUAAUGUUUAUACUAUUGUUCUAAAUAUAUACAUUA